AGCAGCAGCAGCAGCGCCUAUGGCAGAGGCAGCCGCAGCCGAAGAAGCAUGGGAGAGGCACUGCUGGGUCUGUUUUGCUACCGAGGGUGAUGACCGGUCAGCCGAGUGGGUCUGCCCCUGCCGUUGCAAAGGCUCCACCAAAUGGAUCCACCAAGCCUGCCUCCAGCGCUGGUUGGAUGAGAAGCAGAAAGGCAACAGCACAGGCAGAGUGAGCUGCCCGCAGUGUGGCACAGAAUAUCACAUUGUCUUCCCCAAACUGGGACCCUUGGUUUAUUUCUUGCAGCAAGUGGACCGGGUUUUAUCCAAAGUGAGCCCCUUUGCUGCUGCUGGCAUUGUGGUGGGAACGUUAUACUGGUCAGCAGUUACCUAUGGAGCAGUUACUGUGAUGCAGGUUGUCGGCCAUAAAAAGGGGUUGGAUGUGAUGGAGCGGGCAGACCCUCUUUUCUUGCUCAUGGGGCUUCCCACCAUCCCUGUCAUGCUGGUCCUGGGCAAGAUGAUCCGUUGGGAAGACUACGUGCUGCGGGUCUGGCGGAAGUAUUCCAGCAAACUGCAGGCUCUGCAGGCUUUGGUCCCAGGGGUCAGCCGUCCCAUUGUGCAAGCACCACUGGCCGAGUCCCGCUACCAGAAUGACCACCUGUCCAUCUCACGCACACUGUGUGGCGCUCUGGUCUUCCCUACCAUUGCCAAUCUGGUUGGCAGGGUCAUGUUCCACCGAGUGAACUCCAGCCUACAGCGUACCAUCCUGGGAGGCAUUGCCUUCGUCGCCAUCAAGGGAGCCCUCAAAGUCUACUUCCGCCAGCAACAUUACUUGAUCCAAGCCAACCGGCGCAUCCUCAACUAUGUGGAGAAGGGGGAUGCGGAAAAGGGAUUGGCUCAGCUUGAUGAAGACAGCGGCAGUGAAGCGGGGCUCAGCUAGGGUGGGCUCCAAGCUGUCGUAGGC